UCCAAGUUUUGAAGCUAAAUUAACGUUGACAAUUAAACCACAGAAAAAAAAUGUGUACAACCGAAAACUAUUUUGUUUUAGAUCCGAGAGAAGCCAACGCCUCGGAUCUCAUACGUCUUCUCUUCUGCUCGCAACUCAGGAACAGAAGGUUCAUCAAUUCUUCGGAAGAGAGGAAGCUCGAGGAUGAUCUUUGCAGAUUCCGGCGACGAUGGAUCAUCUUUGUGACCAUCGUUAUUCAGAAACUAAUGAUUCUCAUAAGGAAACCUCUCUACUUGUUUGGAUUCUCUCUUGCUUAUUGGCUCAACCUUGUUUCUUCCAAUGAUGGCUUCUUCAUGAUACUCCCAAAUCUUUUCAAAGGAAAGAUUAUUUGGCCGGAGGAAUCAUCAGCCACAUUUGCAUCCCUAAACGGAAACCUAGACCGGCGAGUAGAGUUAGACCAAAGAAUAAAGAGAGGAAGUAAAAGAUACAAAGCAAUGUUAUCAAUUAUGGCUUCUAAGCUUUCUUACGAGAACAUAAACUUUGUCAGCUCUGUUCUUCACAACCACUGGAAGAUGGACUUAUUGGGUUUCUACAGCUGUUGGAAUGGCUACGAGAAACAACGGUCAACAGAGGUGAUUGUUAUUAAGGACACAAGCACGGACCCGAACCUCAUCAUCGUCAGUUUCAGAGGAACUGAUCCUUUCGACACUGAUGAUUGGUGUACGGACUUGGAUCUUUCCUGGCGUCACUUAAAAGAGAUUCUCGACCAAAAUCCAACAUGCAAAUUUAUCCUGACCGGGCAUAGCCUAGGUGGAGCUCUAGCGAUCCUAUUCACGUCCGUGUUAAUGAUCCAUGAGGAAGAGCAAAUGCUAGACAAGCUCGAAGGAGUUUACACAUUUGGGCAGCCACGUGUAGGAGACGAGGAGUUUGGAAAGUUCAUGAAAGGUUCAUUGAAGAAAUUUGAGGUGAACUACGAAAGAUAUGUUUAUUGCAACGACAUGGUUCCUAGGUUGCCUUUCGACGACAAAACACUCAUGUUCAAACACUUUGGGGCAUGCCUUUUCUAUGACAGUUUCUACAGAGGAAAGGUUAGUAGAGGAAGAGGAGCCAAACAAAAACUACUUCAAUAUGUUAUUGGCUAUCCCGAAGAUAAUCAACGCAUUCUGGGAGUUGAUAAGGAGUUUCAUCAUGUCUUAUUGGAAGGUGAUGAGUACAAAGAAGGAUGGUUCUUGAGGUGUUUUAGAGUUGUGGUAUUGUUAAUUCCGGGAUUACCUGCUCACUUUCCUAAUGAGUACGUCAAUGUUACUCUCUUGGGAGACUUACCUGAUCCACAUCUUGACUAAAAUUUGAUUGUGUCGGUCCCAAAUUCUUUGUAUAAUCGCUAAGUAUGAAAAAUUGAAGAUAGUAGAGAAAUAAUAAAGAUAUUAGUAAUAUAUUUUGAGAUUUGACAUUCUUUACAAAAGCUAAAACAGUUUUUAAAGAAUGUCAAAUCUCAAAAUUAUGGCUAUGCAAUCCUCUACGCUUUUGUCUUCACUAUUCACACCUUGGCAGCCUAAAGCUAAUCUUCCAAUCGGAUUCCUAUACACAACAUCUAACUGGCUCUUGGAUAGUGGUACUAAUCAUCACAUCACUUCUGACUUGAACGACAUCGCAUUCCAUCAACCCUACAAUAGAGGAGAAGAUGUGAUGAUUGCUGAUGGC